AUGCAACCGAACAGUAACUCUCUGGGUUACAACUACACAAUAGAACCUUCAACUAUGCCCUCUGCUAGACCCUAGGAGAUUAAAUUAGACUUAAAGUCCUUCAGAUUAGUUGCCACUGAUUUUUUCAUGUCCCCUGUUCUACAGAACCUCCUUGCUAAGCUUUGGAACUUAAUGCUUAGCUUCAAUUAUGAUCGAGAGUAGAUUAGAGAGAGGUCGGAAUGGCUGCUUCAGAUUCCUCUGAGAAUAGACAUUUAUGAGAAGUUCAUCCCUCUAUUCAGGAAAGCUUUGGGGGAUCUGUACUAAACUGAUUUUUAUGUCUCUUAGUAGCAUAACUAUCAGCAGGAGUAUGUCUUUUUUCAAAGAUUCUGCUUUGACUUUGUGUCGAUGUCGGGCACCAUGCUUUACAGAUUAUCAAUCAAUCAGUAAGUUAAUUAGGUUUUGAUGAAUAUUAGAUACGAGUACAUCUUCAGAAAAGUGUUCUCGAGUUUCACAUUUUAUGAGAAGAUUCAGCAUGAGCUAGCAUUUAAAAGAUUGGAAGAUAUAUAAUCGCCUGUAACUUCUGAGUUUAUUGAAGAGAUAUUCCAAACAAAAAAGAAGAUUGACGUUAAUUAGGGUAAACAAUCACCAUUAUCUCUGAAAGGUAAAUCAACUCUAGAUAGUAAGGAGGAAAUGGAGGAGCCGAGUGAUGCUGACAUGUCAAACCUUAUUAAUCUAAACUAAAUAGCUAAAAAGGUCAAAGAGGACUAAGCCAAAAGAGAACAUGAAAUGAAAAAUAGAAUAAAAGUUCGAUUCUUUCCAUUCUUUAUGAACUCUGAAAAAGAAGAUCUUAACACAGUUAUGAAUCGGUAUGAUAUCCUCAAGCAGAUAAAUAGAGACCUUUAAUUGGGGAAAUAUAUGAUAAGUACUCAUCAAAAUUCAAAUGGCUUUGGAGCACAUAAGGGAGAAAUUCACAAAAAUUAAAGCAUUUCGCAUUAGAACUAAUUUGGAUUGCCCUUAACUAGAGAAGCACAAGAAUAGAGAGUCAAGCAGAUGCUGAUGUAUAAAUAAUUUGUCCAAAUGAACAAGGAAGAUGAAGAGUCGGAUCAUGAUAACACAGAGAGUCCUAAUGGCAAUCAUGGUGCCACUGAUGAUUUUGAUUCUCCAGGCAAGAGUGAUUUAAACGAACCAUCAGUUAGCAAAAUGAAGUCCAAUGAAACUACAGAUGAAGAUAGUAAAUAUAUUAAGUAUGUGUGGAAUAAGAAAACUAAACGCUUGGAGAAGCGAGAUUUGAGGCAGAGUAAUCUGGAAAAUAUUGAUAAGUACAAGUUUGAGAAGUUUGAGAAAGUUAACAAGAAAAGUAAGGUCUUAUGUCAGCCCAGUGAGAACUAUUUGAACACAAGCUUCUUUGGAGAUUUUUCUCCUGAAGAUGCUAAGAGAGAACUCUUGUAUGGCAUCUAGGAGGUUGAUGAAAAUGAUUAUAAUAAAGUGGAUAAUAAAUUCAAAAGAGAUACUUAUUCAAAUCUCAAGUUCAGAUCUGUCCAAUAAAAGAAGAAUACUAUUGGCAGUGCUCUUGGAGAUACCAGCAGAAGACAACAGAACCCAUAACCAAGUCACAGAGCUUAAAGCUAAAUAAGUUAGUAAAGUUCAGUAGUUAAAAGCACCAUAGAUUAAGGGUAGGUUGAGUAAAAGCUAAAAAUGAUAAAAAUGAUUCUACGUGGGGAAGACUAUGACGAUUAACUUUAUAUGCAACAAACAAGUUAAAUGCUCUCUCCAGAAAACACUAAUUAGGUCUCAGCAAACAACAGAACCUCAAGAGCAGUCCAAAAUGAGAUCAUAGAUAGCAGGGAAUUCUUUAAGAGAAAUAAGCUACAGAGCAUCUAGUUAACUAAUAGAAGGAUGAUUUAGAAUUAAAGAGAGUUGUUGAAGUCUGGAAAUACCUCAUUUCAAAUAAAUAGAAACUAACUUCCUCAGCUUGAGUUAACUGGAGUAAGGCAAGAGAAUAAGUAUAAGAACUUUUACAAUUCAGCCUUUGGAAUGCCUCCACAAACGACUCAUUCCCAGCAAGCAUAAACUCCUAAUUUAAGUCAAUAGAAAAAUGUCUAGCUAAGAUUGAAAAUCAAUAACUAAGCAAAGCCUAUCUCAAUCGCAACUGACUCGGUUUAUAGAAGAUAACCUACUAUGGAAAUUGGAAGGAGUGUAGCUGAUGAUUAAUCCCGAAUGGAUCAAUCUUAACUAAAUCUGCAACCACCUUUGAUAGAAAGUAGAGAGGGCAAGGUUAAGAACGCUCUAAUAAGUACUUCCCCAAAAAACUUUGAAUCUGGUUUUAGAAUAAUGACAAAUCCAAUAGCUAAUACUUCAAUUAAAAAAGCUGAUGAAAUGACUGUGAGUACAGGCCAUUCAUUUUUCAGGCCUGAUUUAGUAAAGCAGUAAAUUCUCAAAAAAGGUGCUGCAAGUAUAGAUGAUGAGGACGAUAUGAAAUCAUUAUUUGCAGUUAAGAUUAAUAGAUCUCCACCAAGGGCAACAACUCUAAAUUUAGAUAGAUUGGCACAAGCUAAGCAGUAAUAUACCAAUAGGUCUAAUCUCAAUUAGACCGUCCUAAAUCCAAUCGAGAAAUCUAAAGUUUACCUGCAUCAAGUGCCGAUGUAAGAUUACUAAUUGGAAAAAUGGAGAAAUGCAUAUAGAACCACGAAAUCAGCUACUAGGCAUUUUUACACAGGCACAAGUUUCAUCAUUUUAGACAAGAUUUGA